CGCGUAAACAAACGCACUUGCAUUUUCAUAAUUGGCUGUUUGAAUUUAAAAACUGUUAAAUUAAAAUUGUUUUUAGGAAUAAAUUAACUUUAAUUAAACCCGUUACAAUUUAUUAAAAUAUAAUAAUAACACAAUGGAUUUUGGUAAACUAAAAUAACAUAUUGUAAUAAACAAAAAAAGUUUAAAAAAAAUUAUUCAUUUUUGAUGACAGACAUAACCAAAAACGGUCAUGUCAUCCGUCAUCAAAUCCAUGAAAUUUAAUUAUUUAAAUGAUAAAAAAUCUUGUGAAAAUGUCUACACCGAUGACGAUGAUAAUGACUUUAAUUUCAAGUACGUGCCUUCAAAUCAAUUCAAAUAUAUCGUGAAAGAUGUGCGAAGACAGAGAACGAAAAACGAUGAGGAACGAGUCUGGACUUCUUUUGUAAAUCAGCAGGAACAUCAAGACGAUUAUCACCUUAAUUGUUACCGGGACGUUGAUGCCAAGCAAAUUUUACGUGCUAAUUUGCAAGAAGUUGAUCACGAGCUCAGGAGGUUUGACGACGACUCUGAACAUACAGAAAGACUGAUCACGUGUACAAGUGAUGACAAAAGACAUGAUGACUUGGUUCCUAGAAAUGAUAAAAAGUCACUGAAGUUUGAUUAUGAAGUUGAAAACUAUGAUGAUGAUGAUGAUAAUGACUCAGAAAGCAGCAGCACACUGCGAGCUGUACAAAAAGAAGACGAGGAUCAGUUGGUCUACGAGCGCUCGCCGGUAUCUCAACUGGAUUUCAAAUCCAAAACAACAAAAUUGCGCUACGAGCACACAAUAAGACAUCGUCAUGAACGUCCUUGUACUUUUUAUCGUGACUGCAAUUGCCGUGAAUGCAUUUCAACUCCUGAAUUGACAUCACAAAAUGAGCGUGAUCAAUAUUCUGUCCAUGUCGUUCGUAUAGACCCAGUGGUAGCUCAUAAAAUUUUAGGUAUUCAAGCUAAAAUUUCAGAACUUUUGGAUGAAAUAUCAUACCGUCUUUGUCGGAUACCCCAACCAGACGGUGAUAUCGAUUUAAAACGACGUCAGCAACGAGUUAUGGAGUUCGCAAUACGAUUUUCACGUAAUUAUUUGUAUGAUUUGAGACGUCAAAUGUCAGACGUCCAAAGACACGUGAGAGUUAUGUCACCCGGUGCUAGACGACCUACUAAACGGGUAUUGUCUCUGCACAUGCAAGCGUUGGAACAAAAAUUAUGCUCAACUCAUCAAUUAUUACUCAACGCUUUGAGUGCUUACUGUAAGCACAUACCGAGUUCUAUUUUAAAAGGACAUCCGGGAAAGCUCAAGGAAAUUUUACAAGUCGUUAUUGAUCUCAGAGAUGUUUGCUCAAAAAUUAAUCUCACUGCUGAAUUAUUCGGUGCUGGUGAUACUGCUCCACUUCCUUUGGGUAAAGAUACGCAGAAAAGGUGCUAUGCUAUUUUAUCAAAGCUGCGUUUGACUUCAGAUCAUGAUUCAGCUUACAAUCACACAGCACCAACACUCAUUAACGCAUCAACAUCCGAAGCUAAAAGACGAAAUCGUCUGGACAACCGUAAAAAUUAUCCAAAUCGUUUUAGUAUGUACAGCGUUGAUUCUAAAUAUACAAAAUGCCUGAGAAAUCGACGGCCUGUUACUGUUGGUGUCUAUCCAAGAGACAGAAGAACUACUGUUGGCAGAUUACGGUUGAAUAAUCCUGCCUCGGGUCCAAUCGAACCUCAUCAAAAUAUCGCGAUGCAAAAGCCUAGACGUGAAGUCUUGAAACGAAGCCGCUUUAGGACUAGAGAUUAUCAAAAAGAGGAUGAUAUCAGAACUGUGAUGGAAAUGAUGCCAACUGAUUCGGAAAUUGGAAGCCAUGGAAUAUCAUCGCGUAUUUGCCACUCGUCAAUGUCCACUGUCAAUAAAAUUAAAAAAACAAACAUAAAGCGGGAAAAUGAUACGCAAAGUAGACCACCAACAAAGUCCAGAAACCAGAUUGAUGUUAAUAAAAAAAAAUCAUCUACAGAAAUUGUUAUUAAAAAUAAACAACUGUCUAGUUUAAUUCCAAUCAUAACGGAUUUAAUUUCUUUAGCUGCUAAAAAACAAAAAAAUUCAUCAUUGAAAGAAGCCACGACAAUGGAGGCUCUCCUGGAGUUUUUGCACGAGUAUCUAGCAGAGAAAAUGAAAAGCAGUCGGAAAUCUUCAAUCACGUCGCCCGAGUCCCAUGACAAUGGCAGCAAGUCUUCAGAAACUCAACGGACUUCCAAAACCCAGAGCUCUCGUGAAUCUGAAAGCGAUCGAGAGUCUUCAGAAUCUGCUGCAAGUGACAAUAAAAAUUCUGGACUGACUAAACUCAAUGUAUCCCAUGAUUCAGUGGAUCGGCUCCUCAAGUACCGAGAUGAGUACCAACGUCUCUGCAGUUUGAGUCCCAUGUACACCAGCAACAGUUUAAACAAACCCUGGGAAGUGGUUUCAUGGAUAUCUGACAAACUGAUAGACGAGUUGGUUGUAGAAAUAUCAAAAGAACUUCAAAUGGACGAUGUCAUACAAAAAUUAUUUGAUUUAGAAUUUCAAGAUUUUUGAAGCCAAAAUAAUAAUAAUUUAAAAAAUAUUUAUUUUUAAUCAUGGAGAUAAAUAUUUUUAUAGAACAAUUAUCUGUAUAAAUCGUGUGAUACUAAAAAUAAUUUAUUUAUUUAUUUAUUAAUACAAUAUUUUUUUGGGGAACCAGCGACCGAUAAAAAUAAUUAACAAUUAAAUGUAUAAUUUAAAUAAUUAAUACAAUUUUAAAAACUUAAAGAUUUUAAAAUUUUGA